UCUCUCUUUACUCUGUUUGGUCAAGCAUGAUGUUUACGUUUGCUAAGGUCUCAGUUAACAUUGACACAAAAUAGACACAUUAUGGGGUUGGUUAAUCUAUGAUGAGCUGGUGAUAGAAAGUUAAAAAGUACUUACUCUGUGCAGUGAGUUUUCGCUUACAAUUAAUACUGGGCAUGAAUGAUUCAUGCAUGCUGGUUUUUUCUUUCCUUUUUCUUUUUCUUGAUCAAUUAGGCUCCCACUUCAGUACCACUGAAUCAAAAACCAAGACUGAUUGAUAAAAUGGAUGUUUGUUUCUUCAACAUUGUGCCAAACUAGUCAUCCACAUGUAGUUUCUGAAGUCCUUGGCUAUCUUAGACAGUACAAUUGUGUUUGGUCCUAAAAUUGGCAACACAUUAAUCCUCUGUGUUUCGCAUGCAUGGCCAUUGGCUAGAUAGUUAGGAAUAGUUAUGGUGUAUAUUUUUUGUGGGGCUGUAUUGUCAGCUCCUGUAAUAGUAACGUAUAAUGCAUAAGAAUAGAGGAGCAUCAUUUCCUUAUGAAACACUUAGACCUCACAUGUCAAUACUUGUCAUCCUUGCUGUGCGUAUGCAUGUUUAUCUGAUUACAUACAAUGUCAAUUUGGGAUUUAGUGGAUCCAAUUGCGACCAAUUGAAUGAUAACUGUACCUAUUAUGUUUCAUGUUUUACACAUAUCAGUGAAAAUACAUGGGCACUAGUACAUGUAUACUGGCUUUUAUUUUUCUUUUUCCUGCUUUAAAAUAAAAUCCUAGUUGGCUCCCACAUUUUAUUUAAUAAAAACAAUCAAUUGGCUUCCACAUAAGAGUUGCAAAUAUUAUUGAAAGUAAUUCCAGUUUUGAUGUAGUUAUUUAUGGGACAUCCAGUUGGAUCAAUACUCCAGCAGGACCCAUAUGAAUAAAUACGUUUCCUUUUUUCAUUCUUUUAUUUAUAAUGUUCAAACUUCAAAUUAUUAAACUAGAGAAAGUAGCAUGUUGACGCGCAUUGACCAAUUGGUCUUUGCGCAUGGUUGUUACCCUUUUCAAGUCAGAGCAUUUAAGCUGUUAGAUAGCAGUGUGACAGUCAGGUGUCAAGUAAUAACUAAUAGCAAAACAGUCAUAAUUAGAGUCAGUCAUUGACAAGUUAAUGAUUCUUGAUAAAAACAAAAGAAAAAAAGAAAGAAAAUCCUCUAAUUUUGUGUUUCUCUCUUUUUUACUCUUUAAGAGAUUUUUCUUUAUAGAGAACUCAAGAUUAUUUACCCCUUUUCUCUUUUAGCUUUGUAAGUUAAGUUUGUGGUGUAGACAACUGAAAAAGAUAUCACAACACAAAAAGGAUGGGGUAAUUGGGUAGAAAGGUAAAGUAAAUACAGAGGUAUACUAUACACAAUCACUAUCUUCUGCGCAUGAUUAAAAGAAAAAAGAAAAAAAAAAAACUAAAAGGGUGAUGUUGCAAAUACAUAUUCUUUGACAACUCAAUAGGAAGGAUGAAAGGUCUCCUUUCAUAGGACAGUGCAAGAAUUGUUCCAAAGCCAAAUUAGGAAUCAGACAUGAAGCUGUGUAGCAUUAUUUACGCAAUAAAAACAUUGAUGGUAGCUGUUAUUUCAUUAACUUAGCCACUGAUUUUAGUACUGUCUAUUCCAUUUCACAUUCCAUUUUCUAGCUUCCUUUUCUUACCUUUCACCUCACAUCCCAUCCUCAUCCUCUACUUCAUUUUACCUUUCUGCCCAUCGCAGCAACUCAAUUUCUUUGCGCCCAUGAUCUUUCACCAAUUGCAGGUUAAACAAAUUAUUAUACACAUCAAAUGGAGGAGAACCCACCUCGAGUUUCACGUAAUAAAGAUGGGACCCAUGAUGCCGCAUCAAAGGGUGGCGGUGGACCCACCACAAGAAGGAAGAACAGGUAUAAUACCAGCAGCACCGUUGAUGAAGGUGGAGAUCUGAUAGAAUGUUCAGGCAAGUAUUGUCGAUCAUGUACUGCUGGGUUGAUAGCUGAUUGUGUAGCACUUUGUUGUUGUCCGUGUGCUUUGGUUAAUCUCUUAGCUCUUGCUUUUGUUAAAGUACCAUGGAUGGUCGGUAGAAAGUGUUUGGGAAGAGUGAAAAAGAAAAGGAAAUCAUCAUCAACAAGAAAGAAAAGAAAGUGCAAGAAAAGCUGCAGUCUUGAAGUUACUGAAGCACAGGGUCAUGAUCAGAGUAAUACUAGUGCAGAUGACGGUAGAGAUGGGAAUUUGAAAUAUAGAGGGGCAGAAGAUGGAAUUUUGGAAAUUGUAAUUGAUGGGUUUGGUGAGGAAGACGAUGAAACAUCGCAUGGUGGUGGUGUUAGUGCAAGGUUUGAGGCUGUAGAGAAGGUGUGGUUAGAGUUGUAUCAGGAUGGCCAUUUGGGUUUUGGUAGGGUUUCCUUUACUGGUACUCAAUGAUAGACUCUACUUUUAAUCUCCUCUCUCUCUCUCCCUAUAUAUAUAUAUAUAUAUAUAUAUAUACGCGCAUUGUUGGUAUUAAAGUGUAAUUCGUUAGUAAUAUUAUCUUAUCCAUUUUGUUGAUUAA